AUGGACACCGAUGCCAAUUCGAAUCACCAACCUUCCGAAAAUUAUCACCAAUCAAGACAAAAUAAUUGCGCCACGAAUUCCGUUGAGAAUGAAUGCCAAAAUUCAGAGAAUAGGAUCACGUUCUAUAAUAAUACUAUAACUCAACAACAAUCAUCCUCUGGAACCCCCCAUUUUGUUUAUCCUCGAUAUUUCUAUGAAUCUCAUCACGGAUAUUUACCACCUCAACCAUCCCAACACACCAUGACUCAUUAUUAUCAUCAUCAGCCACCGACAUCGCAAUCACAAUCACAAAUAUCCGGUGAUAAUAAAUAUUCUACAAUCCCAGCAGCCGCACAAUGUUCGGCACUAGCAUGUGCGAGUAUCCCUCCACAAUAUGCGAAUUCAUUCUUACAUCCACAACACAUGAAUCAACCUCUUCAAUUCUAUUCGCAUCCAAACGUACCAAGUCAUGCCAUAUCAUUACCUCAUGCUUAUCCUUUACACCAGCCACAACAGCAUCAUCAUCCACAUCAUCAAGUCACCUCUGUAGCCGCACAAAGUCUUCAAGAGUAUGCGGCGUUGGCCUCUGCGGAGGCUAAUUCGAAUUUGGAACGUGCCCUUCUAAAAAAAGGUCGUAAAUUUCCUACGUCACCAUCAAUAUCGUCAUCUGCAGAUCUUAAAUAUGAGGAAACAAACGCGUAUCAUGGUUCAGCACAUCAGCAUCAUCAACGUAAAGGUGAUCAAUUGAAAUGUUCAAAUUGUGGAGUGAGAGAGACACCAGCUUGGCGUCGUGAUUUACAAGGAAUUGCAUUAUUAUGCAAUAGUUGUGGACUAUAUCUAAAGAAUAAAGGAGUCCAUCGUCCCACCGAGCGUGCUCCCGACGGCACCAUUAGACUCAAAAGAGCUUCGAAGCAAGAAUCAGAAAUUUCAUGCAGUAAUUGCCACACAAAGAAUACUCCUUGCUGGAGAGGAAAUCAAAAUCAUAAGUUGUGCAAUAAGUGCGGAUUAUUCCUUAAAACGCAUGGUUAUCCACGUCCACCCAGUCCUGAAUUGCGGGCCAGACGUGGUUUAUCCACUGCUACAGCUGUGUUUUCAAGUACCAAUAGUAAUAAUGACCAUAAUAAUUCGACGACUGUCAACCGUGCAGAAUCGCAUCAGCACACUGAUGUUAUUCAAGAGCAAGAACAACAAUCGAUAGCAUAUUCUGAAUCUCAAUUGAAAUCUCAAACACAACAGAACGAGUCUCAAUCACCUCCGAUCAUUCUUUAA